ACUCACACUUCCUCUCUGCGAUCUGCUUGCAAAAGACCAUGGACAGGGAUCAACAGUUGAAAGCUGCAUUACUUUGGAAGCUCCCUCUCCUUUUCCAGUUCUGCAAAGGUGACUUAAUGAUAAAUAAGAAUGACAGCCUUGGUGAAGAUGCUACUAAAGAGAGCCAAAUAACAGUGGAUUACAACACUGAGGAUUUUUCCAAUUUUGACUACAGUCAGUUCGAAGAGAUCUGCAAGAAAGAAGAGAUCCGGAAAUUCCAUGCUAUUUUCCUUCCUGUUGCAUAUUCCUUGAUAUGCUUUGUGGGACUGGCAGGCAAUGGUCUGGUUAUGGCAACCUACAUCUAUUUCAAGAGGCUCAAGACAAUGACUGAUGUCUACCUAUUCAAUCUGGCCUUAUCAGACAUCUUCUUUCUUUUGACUCUCCCAUUUUGGGCUGUCAGUGCAGCCAAGCACUGGGUUUUUGGGGACUUUGCAUGCAAAGCCAUUUACCUCAUCUGCCAGAUGAGUUUCUUCAGUGGCAUGCUGCUUCUUCUCUCCAUCAGCAUUGACAGAUAUUUUGCUAUUGUUCAGGCAACUUCAGCCCACCGCCUUCGGUCCCAGAGAAUGUUUGCCAGCAAAGUUACUUGUUCCUUGAUUUGGACAUUGGCUUUUAUUUUUUCUGUCCCAGAAGUGGUCCAUACCAGUGUUUAUGAAACUCCUUUAUACCCACCGCAAUGUUUCAUCACCACAGGUGAUAAUAAAGCCUUAACUAUCAGUAUAAAAGUAUCUCAGAUGGUCUUUGGGUUUUGCUUACCUCUAUUUGUAAUGUGUUUCUGCUAUUGUGUCAUCAUCAAAAAUUUGCUGCAACCCCACAGCUUCGAAAAAAAACAUGUAAUCAAAAUCCUUGUUAUGGUCAUGAUAGCUUUUGUUCUCCUUCAGCUCCCCUACAAUUGCAUCAUAGUCCUCAGGACCAUUUCAAAAUACAACCGAACCACUGGCCAGUGCAAUGCCAUCAAGACCCUAGAUGUGGCUAAUGAUGUGACUUACAGCUUGGCUUGCUUCCGCUGCUGUCUCAAUCCAUUCCUGUAUGCUUUCAUAGGGCUUAAGUUCCGCAAUGAUGUUCUCCGACUUCUUAAAGAUCUGGGCUGCAUCAAUCAAAGGCAGCUCUGGCAAUGGUCAACAAAUCAGAAGAACAGCAGAAGUUCUGUUCCCACAGAAACUGACACCACAACUUCUUUCUCCCCAUGAGUUGCUGGAAAAUCAAUAUCACAGAUGUCAAUAUCAUCGGUAUUUGGCAACAGCUUUCAUCACCCAUCAUCAGAGAUUGAACCAGGAAAUCCUUUAGGUCUCACUUAUUGGUGGGAGUAUUUUCACAGAACCUGAAGAGACCCAACUCUUUUUUCUAUUCCCCACUGGUCAACUCAAUUUAUCUAGAUGAAUUUGCUAAAAAGCAAAAAUCAGGAGAACUACAGAAAGCUGUCUGCAGAUCUUAAACAGGAGAACCAUGCCAUAGCUACAGCAAAGGCGAAGCAUCUUCUUCUAAAGUUGAAGAGUGAAUUAAGAAUGUUGACAUUCAGGAGACCUAAUUAAAAAAAACUUGCAGACAUAAAAUGGUGAGAAUUAUUUAACUUCUUCACAAAACUGAGGAACAAGCAAGCAGAUGAUUUUUCCCCUCCCUCCUUCUCCCUCCCUCCCUCCCUUCCUUCCUUCAUCUCUGGAAUUUACAUGUUAUUGUUGCAAGGGGAGGGGAGCCCAAAUGACUACCGGGUUUGAUCCAUUUCCCCAAAAAGUAGAGUGAAAGUGCUAAAAUGUUAAACUUCCAUAAAGCUAUCUUUAUAUUUGUUCAGUAGAAGUUGAUAUAUAAGAACAACAGUGAGGUGUUUCUUCAUGUAGAAUGAUUUAUAAUUUCUUUUAAUGUUAUCUUGUAUUAUUCCACAAACUUUUCAUGUAAUGUUUGUAUUUGUAAUUUUUAACUUUUGUCUUCUUUUCUCUUUUCCAUUUUAAAAUUAAUGA